AUGGUACAGCAGAGCACCCGGACGCUGCAUCACCUCACAGGUAUUGUUUGUGGUUUGUGGAUGGACGAUGGCAACAAGGGCGAUGAGCCGAUGCUCGAGGUGGACCUCUUGAAGGUGCUGAGCGUGCAGCCAGACCCUGCCCGCAACGAAGUUUUCAUCAUCAACUAUGUCGCGGAUUCGAAGAACAAGGUGAAGCAGCGCCUUACCUUCUCCCGAAUUGACCGGGCUCGCGACAUUUGGGUCGAGAUGUUCACGCUGCUCAUCACGAUGAUCCGUGAAGAGAAGGAGUCGAAAUCCUUGAAGGCCAAGCGUUAG